AUGGCGUCAGGAUAUAAGGACAUGCCAGACGGGACAGAAGUUCAGCUGACCCAAUCUGCACAGAAGGACGUCGCAGCCAGGCCGCAGUGCGGCGAAGGGCUGAUGAAAGGGGCGUCAGCGGAUCAGAAGACCGCGGCGAGUGCGAGCGCGGUCCCGCCCUUGCGGCUCAUCGUCGUGCUCAUGCUCGUAGUAUGGAUCUCUGUUCUCUGCUACCUCACGGUGAUGACCGACGGAGGGGCGGCGCAGCUGGUGGCCGUCGGCCGGAGCGCCGACCCGUGCCGUGGGCGCUACAUCUACGUGCACGACCUGCCGCCGCGCUUCAACGCCGACAUCCUCCGCGACUGCCGUAAGACCAAUGACCACUGGCCGGACAUGUGCGACUUCGUCAGCAACGCCGGCCUGGGCCGCCCGCUCGCCGACCCGCUGGACAGCGUGUUCACCGGCGAGAACGGGUGGUACGGCACGCACCAGUUCGCGCUCGACGCCAUCUUCCACAACCGGAUGAAGCAGUACGAGUGCCUCACAAACCACUCCGCCGUGGCCGACGUCGUCUUCGUCCCCUUCUACGCCGGCUUCGACUUCGUCCGCUACCACUGGGGCUACGAAAACGCCACCAGGGACGCUGCGUCGGUAGAUCUGGCCCAGUGGCUCAUGCGGCAGCCCGAGUGGAAGCGAGCGGGAGGGCGCGACCACUUCCUCGUCGCCGGAAGGACGGCGUGGGACUUCCGGCGGAGCAACAACGUCAGCCCCAACUGGGGCACCGACCUCCUCGUCAUGCCGGGCGGCCGGGAGAUGUCGGUGCUCCUGCUGGAAUGCUCUCUUGUACACGAGCGGGAAUACUCCGUGCCGUACCCCACGUACUUCCACCCGAGGUCGGACGCCGAGGUGCGACGGUGGCAGGACAGAGUGCGCGGCGCGGAGCGGCGGUGGCUCAUGGCGUUCGUUGGCGCGCCACGGCCGGACAGCCCAAUGAACAUCCGGGACAAGAUCAUUGCGCAGUGCGAGGCGGCGCCCGGGGACUGCACCCAGUUGAGCUGCGCGUUCGGCAGCAGCCAGUGCCAUUCCCCCGACAAGAUCAUGCGGCUGUUCCAGAAGGCCACCUUCUGCCUGCAGCCUCCCGGCGACUCAUACACGCGGCGGUCGGUGUUCGACUCCAUGGUCGCCGGCUGCAUCCCGGUGUUCUUCAACAGAGUAUCAGCCCACCUGCAGUACAAGUGGUACCUCCCCGAGGACCACGACAAGUACUCGGUGUUCGUCAGGGAGGAAGACGUGCGAGCUCGCAACGUGAGCAUCCGGGCGGUACUCCGGGCGAUUCCGCCGGAGACGGUGGAGCGUAUGCGGGAGGAGGUGAUCGGGAUGAUACCCACACUGCUGUACGCGGAUCCGAGGUCCAGGCUGGAGUCGGUGAGGGACGCAUUCGAUGUCGCCGUCGAGGGCAUCAUCGGCAAAGUAGCCGCGGCCCGGGCGUCGGCAUCGCGCUCCCACAACCAGGACUCCUGGCCAUGGCGAGGUUUAGGUUCCGGGUGGAAGAAAUAG